UAGUUCCUUAACUGUUGGAAUAGGUGUUUUUCAUUAUAAUUGCAUUCUUUGGCUGUGGUAACAUUGCCUCUAUUAAUAGUUUUGAUCCAGCCUCAGUUUACUGCUUUCUGACCGUCUUCAAUCCUUUCAUCAUGGGCGGCCUGCUGAUGUGGAAGGUGUUAAUUCCAUUUGUAAUUGUGAUGUGCACAUUCGAAAGCAUUCAAGUGUCAACACAGCUCUCAUCACGAAGCCUUUUCCUCGUUGUGCUUGUCAUCUCAGACUUGAUGGCAUUGCACUUCUUUUUCUUAGUAAAAGAUCAUGGAAGCUGGCUUGACAUAGGCACUAGUAUUAGUCACUAUGUCAUCGUAAUGUCCAUGACCAUCUUCCUCAUGUUGCUGAGCGUCAUGACGCACAUUUUAACCUCCAAGAGAAUCCUCAUUGGAAGGAAACGAAAGAUGCACUUUAGGUGACAACCUAGUACCAGGACCUCCCUCCUAAUGUUUACAAGGUGCAAAAAACAAGCAUUCAAUAGUACAAUAAUAUGACUGAUGUUAAGAGUGGGGUUUUCCUGUUUCUGGGUAUUUCUUAACAUCAUUGUUACUUAACACUUAUGACUCUGCAUCUUAUAAUAGGAAGACUUUGUAUGGUAUAACUAAUAAAGAAAGUGAUCUGCUGUUAAUACAUACAGCGGAUUUACAGGUAUUUUAGUUCUGGGACUUAAGGGGAAAAAAGGCCACAAGAC